AUGGCUUCGACAUCUCUCGACACAAAUGAUGCUGCUGACUCCCCAAUAUUCCAACCCGCUGAUGCCGAAAUUCUCGAAAGAGCGGGCCACCUGAAACCAGCGCAUGGAAGAAGACGUGAAGUGUCAUCGCACCUAAUUUCUGAGGAGUAUAUUUCAAGCUCGAGCGGCUUCGAAGAUUCGCAGAUAGUUCCAGAUCUGCUUGUGUCUCUGGAGACGCUGAUAUAUAUCGGGUGGGGACAACAAAAAGCUGGAGAGAUUUGGAGAAGAUGGCGAGAAGUCAAAGACGCUGAGACAGAAGAUGGGCGAGAGGCUAUUUUUGAGAUAGAGUUUUUAGACUUUGUACUUGAAAGAUACGUUCCGGAAGUCGACAUUUCAAAUGACAGGGAGACUUCUAUUGAGCAGAUGGAGCUCUGGGGAUUGGCAGCUGAGCUGAUCAACUGCAUAAUGGCAAGUGAAUUUGAAGAUGUUAGGAUGACAGAAACGGUCCAAUACUGGGUUCGCGACACGAUGAGUAUUCGAUACUUGGGUCUUGAGGGGCUACAAAAGAAUAGUGCCAGAAGAGACGAGAAGAGGAGAAAUGGCACCGAUGAUGGUGGGUCUGAAAUACGAGCUGCGGUUGCAAUAGCGCCUUUAUCAACCGUACCGGGACAUACGAUACUCUUCAAGGCCAUCUCAAGCACCCGAGUUGGGUAUUUGCCGGAUGGAAGUAUGGAUAUCGAAUCUCUCACAAGCUUACCCCCAACGGAUUUCAGAGGAAGGGUCUUUGCUCCACUCUACUUCACUCCGAGCCUCCCUGUCGCAAAAGUAUAUCGCGAUUAUGCCCGGAACCGAACAUCAUCCACAGUCUUGAUGAUACAGAUGAAGGUACCGAAUUCCUUCAUAGAGGCUCUUCCCCCACACAUUUGUUCAUUCGGAGAUCUGUGGAAGCAGGUUGUGUAUACCUGUAGAGGAGGUAACAACUUACGAGGUACCAUGGCUAGGAUACACAGUCAUGCACUAAUCAUCGCUCCCAUUGCAAAGGGAGACAAUAACGCCAUUGCUCGUCUUAGAGAUUGGCGAGAGAUUACACUGAACAACGUCGUGCAUGUAGAUGGAGAACAAGCCAUCCAGUACGUGUUCCAGACAGAAUCUGUUUUUCGAGAGCUAGAAGAGGUGUGCGAGUUGAGCGUGAUCAAGGUUUAG